ACAGUUUAAGCUGUCACAGCAAGUCCAGAGAGGUCUAAAAGCCACAAGUCAGAGCUGAAAUUUGUAGCAAUGCACGCCUUUACCAGCCAGAACCGGAUGGCACCUACGGUGAUCCUGGAGCCUGCCGGCUGUUGCCUUUGCGACCAGCCGGUGCACAUCACCGUGCGCGGCCUGACCCCCGAGCAGCCUGUCACGCUGCGCGCGGCCCUGCGCGACGAAAAGGGCGCACUCUUCCGAGCCCACGCGCGCUACCGCGCCGAUGCCAGUGGUGAGCUGGACCUGGCGCGCGCGCCCGCGCUGGGCGGCAGCUUCACGGGGCUCGAGCCCAUGGGGCUGCUCUGGGCCAUGGAGCCCGAAAGGCCUUUCUGGCGCCUGGUCAAGCGCGACGUGCAGACGCCCUUCGUGGUGGAGCUGGAGGUGCUGGACGGACACGAGCCCGAUGGCGGGCAGCGGCUUGCACACGCGGUGCACGAGCGUCACUUCAUGGCUCCCGGGGUGCGGCGCGUGCCCGUGCGCGAGGGCCGGGUGCGCGCCACGCUCUUCCUGCCUCCAGGACCUGGACCCUUUCCUGGGAUCAUAGACCUUUUUGGAGUUGGAGGUGGCCUUCUGGAAUAUCGGGCGAGCCUGCUGGCAGGGAAGGGCUUUGCCGUCAUGGCUCUGGCUUAUUACAACUAUGACGACCUCCCCAAGAACAUGGACAGUAUCCACUUGGAGUACUUUGAGGAAGCUGUGACCUACCUACUCAGUCACCCUCAGGUAAAAGGUUCAGGAGUUGGUGUGCUUGGCAUUUCCAAAGGGGGCGUACUUGGCCUCGCCAUGGCCUCCUUCCUGAAAAAUAUCACAGCCGCUGUCAUCAUCAAUGGCUCUAUAGCCAACGUAGGUGGAACCUUACAGUACAAGGAUGAGACUCUGCCCCCUGUGGGCAUGAACUCUAAACGAGUCAAGAGGACCAAAGAUGGCCUCAAAGACAUUGUAGAUGCUCUGAACAAUCCUCUGGAAGGACCUAACCAGAAGAGCUUGAUCCCUGUGGAAAGGUCUGACACGACCUUCCUCUUCCUUGUUGGUCUGGAUGACCACAACUGGAAGAGUGAGUUCUACGCCAGAGAGGCCUCCAAACGCCUGCAGGCCCACGGGAAGGAGAAGCCCCAGAUCAUCUGCUACCCAGAAGCAGGGCACUAUAUUGAGCCUCCUUACUUCCCCUUGUGUAAGGCUUCCCUGCACAGCCUGGUGGGUAGCCCUGUCAUCUGGGGAGGGGAGCCCAGGGCUCAUGCCGUCGCCCAGGUGGAUGCCUGGCAGCAACUCCAGACGUUUUUCCACAAUCAUUUGGGUGGCGAAAAGAAGACAAUUGCAGCAAAACUGUAAUUUUUAUUUAAGUUUUAUUUUAUUUAAGAUUUCCAAUGCUAGCCGGGCGGUGAUGGCGCACACCUUUAAUCCCAGCACUUGGGAAUCAGAGGCAGGCGGAUUUCUGAGUUCGAGGCCAUCCUGGUCUACAGAGUGAGUUCCAGGACAGUCAGGGCU